AUGUCUGAACAUAAGAGCAAAAAUGAUAAUGGAAUUGAUGAUGAUAACAUUUAUAAUGGGGAAGGCGAUAAUGAUGGUAACAAUGAUGAAAUGAUGAAGAAGGUACAAAUGAUGAAGAUGAUACAGAUGAUGAUGAAGACGAUGACGUUGAUAAAAGAGAUGAUGAUGAUGAAGAGGCCGGUUAAUCAGGUGAACAUCUGUGAUUAUAAACUCCACACACAAAAACGUCUGCUAGACUACGAUUCGGGUAAUGGGGAAGACUUGUUGCCGGGAGAUUCAAAUCAGCUGUCACCUGGUGAUCCUUUGGCGGCUGGCUCCGUCGAGCGAUUCUCCGAUAACUUGACCCCACCCAAUGACCCCAACCACCCUUCCGUAAAAUCUGACGGCCUCAUUUUAUCUUCCUCCCUCUCCAAAGAUUCACUAUCUCCAUCAUCUUCUUUCAAAGAUUUUAGUCAACAACAAUUACAACCUCGUCAAAAGACCCCUAGAUACAAGCUUAAUCACACAAAACAUGGAAAGGCAAUCAUCUUCUGCUUUCAAAGUAACAACAACAACAACCUGCAAAAACAAUUAACAUGGAUGCAAAGAAAUAUGGAUAUGUUGAAACAGGAGAAUGCAGCUCUGGAAAAAGCUCUGACAGCUACAGGCCGACCGAACGACAGCCGCAACAACUACAACGACGGCAGUGGCUGGAUGAUUGAGCAAGCCAUGGACCCUACGCCACUUUCCUCCUCUGCAACAAUUCGUCCCAAUCAGAAUGCCGCCCUGCUCUCCAGUUUCAAAAUUGAAAUGGCUACGUUUAAGUCAGAACUUUCGAGAGUAAGUUCCUCCUUAGAAGCCUGCGAGUUGGGUCGCAAGUCCCUGUCAGAUAAGUGGGUGACCAGCUUGCAGGCCAGUCUGCAGCAAAUGAACGCCGCUCUGAGGCAGCUGCUCGUGCAGAAUCUUGAAAACCCCAUCGAGAAAUCUAUGAUCAGCUCGUUACAAGGUAGAUUGAAAUCAACGGAGGAGCGUCUGAGGAUCAAUCGCAGGGAGGGGGUUGAUAAUUUGUCGAAAGCGGAGGAGAGAUUGCUCAUUGAAAAUGCUAAUUAUCAGACCUCUGAAAACGAGUUGCGUCGAAAAGUUCACCAGAUGAACAGCCAACUUGAGAACAUAAGAAGGAAACAGCAUAAUUUGGUUGAGGUGUUUCAGAGGUUAAAGGUCAAAGCAUCGGAAAAUGGACACAUUGAUGUCACAGAACUGUUGAAGAGGUACAUGCCAGCUGAUUUUGAAAAUAGUAGCAGUGGUGACAGUAGCCGCAAACAGCCAACUACAACAACCCAAUUUUCAUCCUCCUCCGGGCUCAAUAACGAUAGUAUUCAACAGCCAGACUUGUCCGCAGCCAAGAAUCAAAUAGCCUCACUAGUGAAGGAGAAACACUCCCUUGCAAGCGACAUCAGCAACUUGAACGAUGAAAAUAUCCUAAUGAAACUAGAGAAUGAUAGACUGAAGAAGUCGUUGAAUGAACUGAACACCACCUGGAAAAUGGAUGUUGACGAGUUUAAAAGUAAUCAAAAUAACACAAUAUCUAGAAUUUUGAAGCAGGUGGAGCGGUUGACGAAUGAAGCGAGACAACUCUGCUGGUGCAACGAGCAGUCGGUUUCCAUUGUUAAGAUAUUAGAAGAUGUCAUUACCACUAAGGAACGACUCCUCACAUCAGCGUUAGUGGAAAUAGAUAGGAUGAGGUCGUUGCAUCCACCACCGUCGCUUAACCAGGCCGGUCCACAGUCGCCACAAGCAGCUGCUAUCGAUAAAAAACAGAACGAUAAGAUGUCGGCCAUUUUAGAAUUUAUGAGAAUAAGGCAUGAAGGUGAAAACAAAAUCCAGGAAAGUACCACAAACAUUACCUCCCAAAUCGCGCCUCUUCUAUCUCCAUCAUCACAAUCGAACGAGCUUCUCCAACUGAAUUCACGCUGCUCUAAACUUGAAAAUGAUUUAGAGUUUGCCGAGAAAAAUUUGGAGUUUCAAAAAGAUCAAGUUGCCAAACUGCAAACUCAACUACACGCAACUCAAGACGAGUUGAGAAGACAGAAACAAAUACUAGACAUAUCGCAAAGCAACGAGACAGACUUGAGGAGAGAGCUGAAGAUGAAUAAGGAGUGGCUAGACGCUGUGAACACGCAGCUUAUUGAAAAGGAUAAACAAACAUACAAACCGAAAUGCCAUACUCAAAAUACCUUCCAUUAUACCAUUUCACUGCAGUUAAAAUUAGCAGAGCUUGAUCGAGGUUCAGUAAGUAGAUUGAUGGAAAAGGAUAAAUUGAGUUUCGAUUCAACUACUGCUACUACUGCUGCUGCUGCAGCCGCUGAUAGCACUGGUGGCAAUGACGUAAGAUUCAUAAGACAGGCUCUCGAACUUGAUAUUAUGGCAUCGAAAAACGCCCUUGACACGACGUUGAAAGAAAACAUAAGGUUGAAGAUGGCCUUGGAGCAGGCAGCACGUGACCUCGUCAUCGAACGUGACGUCACGAGUUCCGCUACUUACGACAAAAUGGCGCUGCAACAACAAUUAUAUACUUCAUUAGAAGAGAAAGCAAAUGAAGCGAAAGAGAGGGAGAAACUGCAGAUGGAACUUGCCCUGUUGAAACUUGAAAAUCAAAAACUGACAUCCACACUUCUACAGCAAACAUCUUCAUCAUCAUCUUCCACCACAUCACCAUCACAGCGAGAAAAAGAACUAAGAGAGGCCUACGAUGGUGUUGGUGUCAUUGACGACUUUUUUUUACGUUUUUUCAUGCAAAUUGAUGUUUUUAAUGUAUUUUUACGUACGUUUAAUGUAUUUUACAUUGUUAUUAAUGUUAACUGA